UGUGGCAGUGGAGGAGCAGGCAGCCCAGAAAGAGAAAGGGUCAGGAGGUCGGGCCUGGGCCUCAGCAGGCUCAGACAAGGCCCAAGAAGGCAGCACCAGGCGUCCUGGAGUUCAGGGCCCUGGCCUCGAUCGUUUGCCCAAAGAGGGCCUAGGCCAGUUCCCUAGUGGGGAAACUGAGUCAGACCCAGGCCUCAGGGCACGGCCCAGACGCGAGUGUGAGCCAAGUUAGGGACAGGGGGCCAGGACCCUCGAGGGUCUCCGAGACUAAGGGGGGUAGGGGGCUUCAGGGCUUCUCAGUCCAGAGCUGGAUUGGCGAGUUAGACGCUUGUAGAUCCAAAGUUGGAUUGGGGAGGGGUCUCUGGGACGUUGGCUAGCUAGGCAAGGAUUGGGGGGAUUUAAGUGCUUAGAGAUCGAAGGCAGUCUUGAGUAGGGGGAGUCAGACAAUUGGAAAGCCUAGGUGGUUAUUUGGGGAGGGGUCUUCGCGGCUUGGCGAAGUGCAGAGCUGCUCCUGUCUGGCUCGAGGUCUGAGGCCUUACGAGAAGCUUCUGUGAAGGGUGGGCCGACCAGGCCAGGCCAAGAGAAAGAAAGUGAACAAAUCAGGAAUAUAAGUGGGCGGGGGGCCCCUGAGAGGGGGGUCACAAAGGGUGAGACAUGGCCACCAGGCGUUUAACCGACGCUUUCUUGUUGUUGCGGAAUAAUUCCAUCCAAAACCGGCAGCUGUUAGCCGAGCAAGUGAGUAGUCACACCACCUCCAGCCCUCUGCAUUCACGUAGCAAUGCUGCGCUUGCCGACGACCGGAUGGCUCUGGUGUCCGGCAUUAGCUUAGACCCAGAAGCAGCGAUUGGCGUGACAAAACGGUUACCUCCUAAAUGGGUGGAUGGAGUGGAUGAAAUCCAGUACGAUGUUGGCCGGAUUAAACAGAAGAUGAAGGAAUUAGCCAGCCUACAUGACCAGCAUUUGAACAGACCCACCCUGGAUGACAGCAGUGAGCAAGAGCACGCUAUUGAGAUAACCACCCAAGAGAUCACACAGCUCUUCCACAGGUGCCAGCGUGCUGUGCAGGCUCUGCCCAGCCGGGCCCGCAGGACCUGCUCGGAGCAGGAGGAGCGGCUGCUCCGCAACGUGGUGGCCUCGCUGGCGCAGGCCCUGCAGGAGCUGUCCACUGGCUUCCGGCACGGGCAGGCCGGCUACCUGAAACGCAUGAAGAACCGAGAGGAAAGAUCCCAGCAUUUUUUUGAUACAUCAGUGCCACUGAUGGAUGAUGGAGACGACGAUACUCUCUAUGAUCGGGGUUUCACGGAUGACCAGCUGGUGCUGCUGGAGCAGAACACGCUGAUGGUGGAAGAGAGGGAGCGGGAGAUCCGCCAGAUUGUGCAGUCGAUUUCUGACCUAAAUGAGAUAUUUAGGGACUUAGGAGCAAUGAUUGUAGAGCAGGGCACGGUCCUUGAUAGAAUUGACUAUAAUGUUGAACAGUCCUGUAUCAAAACUGAGGACGGCUUGAAACAGCUUCACAAGGCAGAGCAGUAUCAAAAGAAGAAUCGGAAGAUGCUUGUGAUUUUAAUAUUAUUUGUCAUCAUUAUUGUCCUCAUUGUUGUCCUCGUCGGCGUGAAGUCUCGCUAAGCGGCCUGGGGUCUGUGUGUGCCUCAUGGAUCCGGGGCGAGGGGCUGGGCCGCCGGCUGCCUGUGGAGGGGCCGGGCUUCGCGUGGGCCCCAGCGUCUCGUGGACUCCUCCGUACGGUGCCGAAAUGAGGGGAGCGGGCUUCUGUUUUUCCUUCAUUGUUGAGAAUUUAAAGACCUUGGUACUGCUGCAGACUAGAGAUGGAGUUCUGUCAUCAGUUAUAAUAUAUUUUAGAAAGAGAAAAUGAGUGGAACGUUUACAGCACUCCACAAGCUGUUCGAUAUUAUUGUGAAUAAGCUAUUUUUCUUAGCAAUCAUGUCUGAGCAGCGUGUUAAAAUCAUUUUUGGGGGGAAAAUUUUGAAAACCAUCUGGUUUUUAAGGAUUUGGUACCAAAAAUUUAUGGAUAGAGGCAAAAAUGCCUCUUCAUCUUUCUCUCGAUAUUUUGCAGUUGAAAACAAACUGAGAAGUCCUUUAAGAAUUUAUAAUCCGUUCUCCAUUACCUUAAUUUCGCUUUUCCAUCACUGUUAAUGAUCAGAGUAACAAAGUGUGAAAAAUAAGAAACCAUCAUUGAUGUUAAUUAACACAUUUAGAUGGGCCAGUUAAAACAGCCUCAUAAGUUUAAAUUAAUAGUAAAUGGAGUAUUCCUCAUCUAAAAUUUGUACACUACAUUUUCUACUGUAAACCAAAAGGAGUUGCUGAGCAAAACCACCUAAAUUUAAAAGUUGGUGAUUUGAACUAACCUCACAUUAAAAGGAAGCUUGGCAGUGUUGUGAAAGUCACCGGCAUUGGCCAGUGUGUCCCUGUGCGCGUCCCCAGCCAUCCUCGCUCAAUCCAUUGCUCAUAUACUAACUACAUAAUGACCUGUUCAAACCAGCCACCAUUUAAUGAACUGUGAAUUUACACAGAGGCCAUUCUAAAUGGGUCACCCCAUUUGGGUCUCAAAUUAUUAACCAAACAUCACUCCAUUUCAAAGUAAAAUAUUCCACCAGAGGUGUGAUUUAUUGGCUCUCACGUUGCUACUUAACAUGCCCAGAAAAUAGGCAUGUUCCUGCAGGUGGUGAAAAUCAGGACCAGUCAGUCCUUCGUUUGCAUGAGUGCAAAUCAGAUCGCCAAAGCCAGGCUUUGUCGUGUCCUUCCCUGUUGUCAAUAUGGUGCUCAAAUACAUCCCUGAACUGUAGUCAUGUGGAAAGUGAUGAUGGCUUUGCAAACAGAAGUGUUUAUGUUUCAGUUGCUCUUGAGACACAAGUAUAGUGUUAAUGGUCUUUGUAUAAUUUUUGAUGGCUUUUCCAUUGUUUUUACCUCUGAUGUGCUACAUUUUAUUUGGACCAGUCACAUAAAAUGCUUCUGUAGAAUUUGACUUUGCAGUUGUUGCUAGAAAUUUAAACCCAAGUCCAGAGAUUCAAGUCGCCCCAGUAUUUUCUUUCCAGGUUGUUGAUUGCGCCAGGGAGCCACCAGUUUUAUUACAGCUGUGCCGUAGAAUAACCUGCAGGUCUCCCUGGCCCUCCAGGAAACAGCAUGUUCCCUGACCAACAAGUCUUUAUUAGGAAAGAUGGCCAGAGAGCGAGAGUUCAGCCCUCUGAUCCUCCCUGAAAUGGGCUUCUACAGAGGUUAUGAGUAGCUGUAGGCAGCCUUUCUCAUUCCAGACAGCCAUACCCCAGCUGCAGUGCCCUGCCGCAACAGACCCGCCACUCCUAGGAGUAGGGCUGUUCAGCCCAGGGGCUUCCCUCCCCGAGGGUCUCUUUAUGGGAAUACUGGAUCACCAUUAAAGCUUUUAAAGCUGUCUUAACAAUCCUUUCAGAAAGGAUCGCUGUUUAUUUAUAUUUAUUUUCAGUGAAUAGGAUGAUUGGGAUUGGUUUUUGUCUCUCAACCCAUUUGGGUGAAAUCAUGAAUCUGAUUAGAAUUGGAGUUAAGGAUCUCACUGGGAUGGGGGGGCCGUCCAUUCUGACUGAAAGCAGGACACUGCCAGCUAAAGCCACCUCUGCCCCAGAGUCUGUGCCAACUUGCUGGGCUCCUCAGAAUACUGUAUUUUUCUGUUGAGCCUUUCCUGGGGGAAGAUCAGCAGCACUGGGGCAGUGAGAGAAGCUUAGUCAAUGACCCUUAGUGCCCUGUAGCCUCAGGGUCAUUCUCCUCCCCUCCCCGGCCACCCAAGGACUCAGCUCCUUUCUCUGUGGGAAGGCAGGGCCCUUGGUCUCACCAUGAGACAAGGGCCAGCAGGGACACCUGCCCCUCUACGUGCUCCCUGUGGCUCUGUUGGCCUGGGUGCGAGGAUUAAUGGGAAUGUUCACUGUCAGGUCUCCAGAGCUCCUGAUCUUCCUCUAGAUUGUGGCUGAAAUCUACUCUCUCUGGUUUUAUUAAUUUGGGGAUGGGGGGUGGCUUUGCCACGGGCGCAAAGCCGUGUAUGUCUAAUGGAUUGGCGUCUCCUACUAAUUGAGAGAGCUUUAUUUAUUUGUUUUGACACAGUGCUUUCAGUGUUGUAUCCUGGCUAAUGGCUUCCUAAAGGUAAUGAAACCCUCCCAACCUAAUUGGUCAGAUAAGACUUUUUUUCUUGUGUGCUUAAAUAAAGCAAUUAGUGAAGUGCUUCUAUCCAACAUGCCUUUUUUUGUCCUGUUUAAAAACUAAUUUACUGUUAUUGGAAACUUUUUGUAUAAUAAAGCAAUCGUGAAGAUUAAACAACAUCCUGCAAUCCUAGUAUUUUAACAACAGGGUUCAUGUUUUCUUCAAAUGCAUUUAGCGGAUGAGAAGGAUUAUUUGGGCUGACCACUGUUUUGUACCUGAGGCCUUUGCCUCAAUGUCUGAAGGUCCAUCUAUCUAGUGGACACUUCCAAAGGGACCAAUGUCUUUGCUGUCCAGUAGACAAAAAGGCAGAUAGUUAAUUUUCUUAUGAAAAUCUAUGCUUUACAUACAUACCAAGAACCAUUUGCAGAUCUUCAAAUAAAACUUUGUGUACUUGUUGAGAAGUAAUUCUUACAUACAGGCUCCAGGAGACUUAAACUUCUAAUGACUUUGACCAUUUCCUAUCCUGUUAUACUGAAAACCUCAGGGAUAGUGUUCUCCAGUUGAACUCAAAGCUAGGACUGUAUUUCCCCUCAAAUGUCUGUGUCCCCUCCUCCAAGGCCAGGAUGGUUCUUUGUCAGCGAAGCACUGCUUUUACCCGCCUGUGCCCGACAUGUUAUCGAGGCGCCUGUCUCUUUGGUUAAACACCAGAGCCCAAGUGUACAAAAGCAGGAACUGUCAUUCCGAGUGGUCACCUUGGUGAGCUGGGUGCUGUACCCCACAUGGCUGCUGGUCUUGUGGCUGUUCUCACCUGCUGAGCCUGUUGAGGUUGAGGGGCCAUAGCACGGAAACACCUCCUCUUACUAUGCCCUCCCCUCAUUUUUAGCUAGAUAUUACAUCCCCCCAACUUUUCACAAAAAUCAAAUCCACUCAAAGGACAAGCAUGCCCCAUAGGCUUCAAGAACAUUCUAGACUAGCCAUAGCAUUGAAGAUCUCCAUCCUGUUCAGGUCAGCUCUGCAGGUUGUGUGUAUUUCUUGCAGGUAAACUCCCAGGCUUUUCCCAACUGAGUUUAUGGUGGCCCCCUCUUGAAAUAGUGUUAUAAGUGUGUGCAGGGGCAACCACACACAUUGCCUGUUGAGCAGAGAGCUGGAGACUUGAGGCUUGACUUUCAGGUGUGACGGGAAGUGGGGGUCUUUGGAUAGUUCCUCCGGAAUGCCCAGGCGACUGUAGAACAGACUGGGUAUAGGUUUAUCCUGCUGACUAGGGAACACCCUUUAAGAACUCUGGUCAUAACCCAAAGUUGGAGUAACCUAGAACUCUACCUCGUCUGUCUGUUGUAGCUGCCACCCCCCCCCCACUGAACCAGUCACCUGGCCUAGCAUGGUCUGUCUCUACAUUUGAAAGCAUGGCAUGUUAUUCUACAUGCUGGCUUCAUUUCAAUCAUCAGGUCCCUUACUCUAGUCAAAGUGUGGGAGCCACACAGAGAGACUUGGUUCACAUGGCUUCAUGGAGGAGACGGUUAUUAGUUCAUGCAGGAAAUACCGGACAGUGGUUCGGUGCUGCUAAUUCGUUACGAAUUAUCAAGUUUCCAUCUCUUCUAAAACUUGGUUAGACAAAUGUGUUUCAUUUGAUGUUGGCUACAUUUUGGGGCUUAGCACUGUGCCUACAUGUAAAUGUGGGCCUCAAGUGGUAGAUUUCUGCACGUUAGGCCUUAAAAACUAAAUUUUUUCCAAAUUCCCUUGACCACCCAGGUGCCAACUCUUACCUUGCUGCCUGAUGUUUUUGUUUAGUUUUGUUUUGAAAUUGAGGGCAAGUAACCCCUUCAAAAUGAUGGGAAUUAGAGCAAACCAGUGAGGGUUCUGGUGGUCAUGCAGAAAGACUUCCAGCUAGUCAGAGAGAGGCUCAGAUCUAGGACUCGGGGUUGGUGGUGGUAGCCGUGGUCCCUGUGCCCUGCACCCGUGACAUCAUUGUACCAGUCGACAGUGAAGUCUUCUUACAACUUAGGAACAUGCUAUACAGUCAGAAGGCAGAGACUUGUAAACAGUUACCUGGCCAGUGGAGGCAAACGAAAACAAUCAUUUGUCCAGUUGUCCUCACGAGCUCUCUGGACUGUCCUAAAUGCUCAGGGUAAUUGUGUGGGCCAGCACUUGAGCCCAUCGUCUGGGUAAAAUGGACCAUUUCAAGGAAACUGCAUUCAACACAGUGUACAUUUAGACCAGGCUUAGUUAGAAGAGACUGCUGGGCUUAGUGUUUUCUGCUUGUCAGCUAUUAUUCUAGAAUUGCUUUUAGCUAAUCAUCCAAAUUCCACCAUUAGUAAUCACUAUUUCUCUCGUUUUGUAAAAACAUGUCAUAAUGGAGGCAAAAGGGCUCUGGUUUGCAUCAUUUGGUCUCUUUCUUGAAGGAAGAGCUAAAGGAAUCAGAUAUUUUUUAACGUGGUGUUCUGACUUAGGACACCGUAAAAGGCCUCCAUGUUCAUCAACCGUUAUAAAGAGAACACCUCCCCCUAGGCAUCCCCCUUUCCAGACGAGGCAGCAGAGCCCCGCGAGCGGGCUUGCCAAGGUCACACGGCCGGCGUAACCCCGGCGGGAACUAGAAUCCUCCCUCUCUCAUUUCCAGACCAGUGCUGCUCUUGCCAUUUUAAUUGUUCAUUUCUUUGCAUAAAAUUAAAUGACCUUCUUCAAGAAAGAUUUAAUGGUCAAGAUGUGAUUUGGUAAAAGCUUCCUCAAGGAUUUUUUUCCCUAUUACAAAGAUGAGACACGACCGAGGCUGAGAGGUUUGCAGACAGUGGUAUGUCAUUAUCCCUAGCUCAGUUUUUCGUGUAAUUGGUGCGAAGAGAUUGCUGCUGAUGACUAAGCCUGCCACUGAGCGGAAAGGAAUGAUUCCUUCGUGACGUGACUUGGUGUGCGUACGUGGGCAUUUGUGGUUGUUUAAAAAAGGUAUAUGUUAUGCACAAAACGCCUACCAAGAUGGAUCGUGUCAUUUUAACAUUGUAAAUAGUAAAAACAUAGUCCUGAGCAAAAGUGAUUUUACAGUUGCCCACGAACGUAGCACUUUGUUCCCACACUGUGCCAUGGCUAGAAAUUGAUUUUUUUUAAAUCCAAUUAAGCCUCAAGGUUGGUUAUCCAUUUAAAAGGUCGGCCGAGUUAAACAAUGACAGUACCUUCAGUUCAUGCUAAUAAUUAAAUGUACACAGAACUUCAGCUCUUACAUCGUGCCUCGCGCAGGCAUACAUCAUGUGUUUUGCACAGCAAGGGCUGUGGAAGUCCCCAGCCACGGUGCGGGUACCCCAGCAUAUCAUGACCCCUGACUUGGUAAAUCUCCCGGCUGGCUGCCAUCCCCGUCGCUCUAUCCCCUCCAAUUUCUGCAGUCCACCCCGGAGAGCUCUGGUCCUGACAGACAACUGUCCCCCUCACCUCCCGUCCUCCCUUUUCUAUGGCCCCAAGAGUAUUGGGAAAUGGAAAGUAGACUCUCAUUUAAAGACACAAAAGAGGGGAACUCGUGGUAUACACACUAGGUUUCACAGGAUGCCAGAGUUCGUAAUGUAGCAAGUCACGUUUUAAAAAUAGCACUUGACACUGUGUUCCCGGGUGUUAGGAAAAAGACUUCAGAAUGUCUUCUGUGGUUCUCAUAGGUGAUGUGUAUGUACGUGCUGCCGAAUUUGCAGAUCUCAGGAGAGCCAGGGACGGGCCUGAUUGGAACCUGUCCUUACUCUGUUCAAUUGGGUUAGAAUGCCCCUCAAGCUUUAUAAAUCAUCGAGAAGGGAUCAGUGGUCUUAUUUCCAAUCUAGCAUUUUAACUUGAAUUGUAAUAUAAGUAAGAUUGUCCCGUUUUAGUACUUUUCAUCCGUAACUCUGAACCAGCUGAAAA